AUGAUGAAAUACCUCGUUUUACAUUUCCUAAUGAUAAUAAUGAUACAUUAAUUAUUGAUCGUACAUAUUGGCAUACAAAUGAUUAUAUAUGUCAAAUAGAUAUACAAGAUCAUGAUCAAAUACCUAAUCAUACAUUAAUGCUUAUACAUGAUCUUGAUCAAUUAAAAAAUUAUGAUUAUUUAACUGAACAAAAACCAUCAUUUCAAUUUGAUUCACCAAAAUUUUAUCUUGAUAAUCAAGCUAAACUUUAUUUUAAUUCAACAAAUAGUACAACAUUAAAUGAAGGAGUUUAUUAUUUAGCAUUUAAAAUUAUUGAUAGUGAUAAUUAUUUUGAUGAAAAAUUAUUAAAAUUAAUUGUCGUUGAUAAUUAUGAUCGUGUUCAAACUAUUGUUAAACUACAUGAUUAUCUCGGUUCACAUUUAAAUAAUCGUUUUUCAUAUUUACAAUAUCGUUCGAAUAAUAAUAAUAAUAAUAAUAAUAAUAAUAAUAAUCAACAUUAUGCAUAUCAAACACGUCAUUCAUCAUCAUCUUUAUUAGAUCAAUCAAAUAAAUUUCUUGUUUUUAUUGUUAUUACUGUAUUAAGUAUAAUACUUAUUGGUAUAACAUUUAUAUUUAUAUCAUUAAUACGACGUAAAUCAUUACAACAAAAAGAAUUAUUAAAAAAACAAGAUUCAUUAUCAACAUCAUCAACUUUACAACAACAACAACAAUCGGAUAGUUCAACAAUAAAUUUAUUUAAAUCAUCAACAUUAAAUAGUAAUGAUAAACGACAAAGUUUACGUGUUAGUAAUUGUUAUGAAUAUAAUGAUUUAUCAUCAUCACCAUCAUUACUUAUGUUAACGAAAGAAUCAAUAUUACCAACAUCACAUAUGAAUGAUAAUUGUUGUUUAUUAGAGAAAUUAAAUGAAAAAGAACUUUAUGAUGAACAAAGAAAUAAGACAUAUUCAUCAUGGAUGUUAUCAACAACAAAUCGUCCUGAUUCACGUUAUUCUCAACGUAGUGGUGAUUCAUCAACAUUUCAUUCACUUAAUCGUCUUUCUAUUCCAUCACAACUUCAUUCAACAACAAAUUUAUCUCAACAAUUAUGUUCACCUAAACGACAUUCAACAAUAACUUAUGAAUCAACAGCAACAACAUUAACAUCGAAUUCAAAUAGUCAACCACAAACAACAUCACAAGAUUAUACAGUUGCUAUUGUUUCAUCAUCAACAAAUAAUUCUCCACAUACACCUGUUAGUUCCGAUGAUGGAUUUUGUGGUUGA